CGACGUGGAUUUUAGGGUUUGCGGCCGGAGCGGAGGGGCUUUUCUCUCAGAGGGUCCAUCACUCCCUUCCCUCUUUCGGUGCAGCUCGAGCUUCGCCUCGAGAAGGCCUUCCCUCCCUCUACUCCAGCUUGCGCGCGAGUGACAACAAGCUCUAGCGAAUCUGCGGUCUGACAGUCGCAGCCAUGGCGUCCCGAUUUUGGACUCAAAAUAGUGACAGUGAGAGCGAUGAAGAGGAGAACUCCGAUGUUGAGGAUCAGGAAGGACCCUCCGGAGGAGAUGAGAGGGGCGGAAGUGGAGCCGCUGCCUCGAAUCCCUACCUGCAGGGUAAUCCCAGUGAUAGCGACGAAUCCGAUGACCAGAGGCGGCCUGUGCGGUCUGCCAAGGACAAGCGAUUUGACGAAAUGGCCCUGACAGUGGAGCAGAUGAAGAACUUUAUGAAAAUCAAUGACUGGGUGAGCCUUCAGGAAAGUUUUGAGAAGGUGAAUAAACAGUUGGAGAAGGUCAUCAGGGUAACAGAGACAGAGGCAGCACCUCGCCUGUACAUUAAGGCCCUUGUCAUGCUAGAAGACUUUCUGGCUCAAGCCCUGGCAAACAAGGAUGCCAAAAAGAAGAUGAGCAGCAGCAAUGCGAAAUCUUUGAACUACAUGAAGCAAAAACUCAAGAAGAACAACAAACUCUAUGAAGCAGAGAUCGAGAAGUACCGCGCCAAACCAGAGUCCGAGGAGGAAGUUGAACAGGAGGAAUCGGAUGAAGAGGAUUUGGAUUCAGGUGGCGAAUCUGGAGAGGAGUUCGAUAAGGAUGACGACUCUGUGUCAGGCGAGGAAGAGGAAGAAGAAGGGGAAGGUGACGAAGGUGGGUGGCAGAAGAAGAGGAGUAAGAAAGAUAAGCUGAUGGACAAGCAGUUCAUGAAAGAUCCCAGUGAAAUCUCAUGGGAUAUGGUUGACAAGAAGCUCAAGGAAAUCAUAGCAGCUCGUGGUAGGAAGGGUACCGACCGAGCUGAGCAGGUUGAACAGCUGACUUACCUCUCCCGCGUGGCCAAAACGCCCGCCCAGAAGCUUGAGGUCAUGGUCCACGUGGUUUCCGCUCAGUUUGAUGUCAACCCUAGCUUAAACACUCACAUGCCGAUUCCUGUUUGGAAGAAGACUGUACAGAAUGUUCUCUCAAUUUUGGAUGUUUUUGCGGCAUAUCCUAACAUUGUGAUGGACGAGAACGUGGAACCAGACGCGGAGAAUGAAACCCAAAAGGACAAGGAUUUUGAGGGUCCGAUCCAUGUCUGGGGCAAUGUCGUUGCGUUUCUGGAAAGACUUGACGAUGAGCUGUUCAAGAGUCUGCAAUGCAUCGAUCCACACACCAAGGACUACGUAGAGAGGUUACGCGAUGAACCCCUUUUCAUGGUUCUGGCCCAGAAUAUUCAAGAUUAUGUAGAGCGAAUUAAUGACAUGAAGUCUGCGGCUAGAGUUGCUUUGAGGAGAGUCGAACAUGUUUACUACAAACCCCAGGAGGUUUACGAGGCCAUGAGGAAAUUGGCUGAGAUUCAAGCCCGUCCUGAAGCGGUGGUCGAAAAUGAGGCCGCCGGAGAAGCAGAUGAAGACUUGGACGAAGAAGGUAAGAAUAUCAAGCUCCCUGAGGAUGUGAAGGGUCCACCUGCGUUUGUCAUCAUUCCGGAGGCAGUUCCCCGCAGACCAACCUUCCCUGAUCACAGUAGGGGUCUAAUGGAUCAGCUGGUUGGAACCAUCUACAAGUUUGGUGACGAGAGGACCAAGGCCAGGGCCAUGCUUUGCGACAUAUACCACCAUGCCAUCUCAGAUGAGUUCCACACUGCCAGGGAUCUUCUUUUGAUGAGUCAUCUGCAAGACAGUGUACAACAUAUGGAUGUUUCUACACAGAUUUUGUUCAACCGUGCGAUGGCCCAACUUGGACUCUGUGCUUUCCGAGCCUCCUUGGUUACUGAAUCGCACGGAUGUCUUUCCGAGCUAUAUGCUGGGGGUCGCGUCAAGGAGUUAUUGGCUCAAGGGGUUUCUCAGAGCCGUUACCAUGAGAAGAACCCAGAACAGGAGAAGCUCGAGCGGAGGAGGCAAAUGCCUUUCCACAUGCACAUCAACUUGGAGCUUCUCGAAGCUGUUCAUUUGAUUUGCGCAAUGCUGUUGGAGGUGCCCAAUAUGGCGGCCAACGCUCAUGAUAUCAAGCGCAAGGUGAUCAGCAAGCCAUUCCGUCGUCUGCUAGAUAUCAAUGAGAGGCAGACUUUCACCGGUCCACCGGAGAACGUUCGUGACCAUGUCAUGGCUGCCACACGGGCCCUCGGUAAAGGAAACUGGCAGAAAGCUGUGGAGGUGAUUGAAGGCCUCGAUGUGUGGAAGCUGCUGCCCAAGAAGGAGCUUGUUCUGCAAAUGUUGAAGGCCAAGAUCCAAGAGGAGGGACUGAGAACCUAUCUUUUCACCUUCUCAUCUUACUACGACUCAUUGAGCCUGGAUCAGCUUAUGAUCAUGUUUGAUCUCCCCGAAGCGCAGGUUCACAGCAUCAUCAGCAAGAUGAUGAUUGCUGAAGAGCUGCAUGCUAGUUGGGACCAACCCACCCGUAGCAUUGUUACUCACAACGUUGAGCCUUCCAGACUCCAAGCUCUUGCAGCUCAGUUUGCCGAGAAGUUAACGGUGCUCGUUGAGAGCAACGAGAGGGCAUUGGACGCGAAGACCGGAGGCGGCAUGGACGGUCUGCCCACGAAGAGGAGGAACGAAGGUCAAGGUGAUUAUGCCGGGGCCACAUCUGGCAGACAGAGGAAUGAGAACUAUGGAGGAGGCGGUGGAUACGGUGGAGGCCGCGGUGGUGGAUAUGGUGGAGGACGUGGUGGCGGUUAUGGUGGAGGCGGUAGAGGCGGGCAGAGAAACCAAGGCGGAGGUGGUGGUGGUGGAAACUACUACAACCGCGACCAACGAGGCUUCAACCAGGGAGGUGGUAGGGGUGGUACCUCAUACUCUUCCGGAUACCAAAGUACACGUUAUCAAGACGCUUACAGCAGUGUUGGCAGGACCCCCUACCAGACUGGACCUGCCUCUGCAGGAGGUGCCAACCGUAAUACACCGGCUGAUAGUGGUCGUAUGGUAUCUUUAAGCCGGGGUGGUCGUUUCGGUUAGACGUUGGAUUAGGUGUGCCCUUUCUAACUACUGUUAGAAUCUAGCAUAGGUCAUUGUCAAUCAGUCCCACCUUGUUGAUUAGUCGCUUUUGUAAAAAAAGGUAAGUACUAUUCACUGCCUACAAAUUUUGAAUGUGGGAUUUGAAUGUGUCCUAAAACUUUGAAAUAUAGCCGUUUAUUCUUACCAUCUGGUAGUUUUUCCUUUGCCCGGUUAGAGAGCUACGUUUUCGUUGAUUUUGAAGGAGUGUUUAUGGGUCUGGUUCUUUUAGUCGAAGGGUCAUCUUCUUUCCUUGAUAUGUCUUCCACCUCAUGUGCCAUCCAACGCAAUCCUUCUUAUUUAUGCUCCCAGCUUAUAUUUAUUCCCAAAUAGACUGAAUCUUCCUGCAUGUAGAGUUGAGGUCCUCACUUCAGUUAUAGACACUGAUUGUGGCUUCAGUUUCGAUGCUAGUUGCUCUGGGAUCACUGGAAAAUAUUUGUAUCCGGCCCAUUGUACUUUGGACACACUGUGUGAUAGAUCUGAAUACCCUGAACUCUUUGCUGUUACCACUCCCGGGUGUUAGAUCUUCUUGGGGUGGAUAACUCAUUAUGCAGUAAAGUCCUCUUUUUCGUAUUUGCAUGAACGUC